AAAAGACCCUGGGAACGACUCCAAUUCUGCCUUGCGUUUCCUUGCGUGACCUCUCAGUUUUGCAGAGCAGUCCAACGUUUACUCUCACACAAAGAAUCAGACUUAAAGGAAACCCCAGCCUCACUGCAGGAACAUUAUCGCUUAUCACCCAGUGGUUCCAAGUUUUGAGCCGCGAUAGUUUGCGUAUCGCGUGACUGGCACUGUGAUUUACUUCCGUGAGUUGCAACAUGAGGGACAAUAACUGCACCUUGUUUAACGACCAGCAGCAUUAUUGUGUAAGUGAGUCUGGAAGUGGACUUAAGUUUUCAGUCAACUCUACAAGAAGUUAACUAAUCAAUGUGUACUUAGCUCGAUAUAGACAGUUUCAAGACAUAUUUCAAACACAGACAAGUACAUGAAAAAAAAUGUCACUUGCUUAUUCCUGCGCUCAGCGCUCGUGGACCCAACAUCUUACUGAACUUGAUGGAUGGAUAUAAUCGGUUUUAUUUAUAUGUGAUUAUUCACAAAGGUUUCCCAUCACUGUGAAUAUGCAAAAAAAAUGUACUUGAUUUUAAAUUUCAGACGGCGAUUUAUGCUGUGAAGCAAAUUGUUUCAUCACUGGAACUUGUCGGAAGGUCGGUAAACCGAUAUUCUGUGCAUGUAUGCAUCUAUUUUUUUUUAAUCUCUGAUAUCACUUUCAUUAAUAUCUCGGCAAGAUCGUGAUCCUAUUUCGCAAGUAGACAUCCCUAAAAACAAACCAAAUGGUUGGCGUGGUGCUGUUUUCCUUUCGUGUUUUACGUGCUUCGCAUUCUGGUGCUUUCAGACAGUAAUAACAUGUUAUUGACCAUUUCCCCUAGGCGCAUUGUCUGCAUUCAUCUAAACCGAACAUGCUGUAACGUGAAAAUAAAAUAAAACUCUUGGAAAAUUUGAAGAAUGGAAAAAUUGGCACAUCGGCUCUAUUUUGCAUCCCAGUCGCGUUAUCGUUUGCUCAGGGAUACCCAAAGACGGUUUCUUCCUAAGUGCAUUGUAAACACUUUUUAGGCAACCUAUAGUACUUUUAGAUAUCUAUAGAAAUACAUUCUAAUCGGCGCUAUAAGGGCAACUUGAGUCUUUUCGAAAUUAUCAGGGAUUCGGUAUUAUUUUCCCUAAAACUUAACAUGCAAUUUAAGGUUUUAAGAAAGUGAGAAUUGUUCUGAUUCCUCUUUCCAUCGCAUUUUCGAAUCAGAAAAUUUUAUGUUUCCUGUUUCUGCGAAAAAUAGCUUAAUUUGGGGAGUGAAAUGCGAAAAAUUAAACUUCAGAAAAUCGUAGGGGAAUUUAUUAGACAAGGUUCGAAAGUUGUAGAUGAAUGGAACGGUCAUCUAGAAGAUUCUAGAAAUUCUUAGCCCUCCUGAAGGUACAGAAAAUUCUAAGCAAUUUUUGCUUCUCCGAACAGAAAUUUUACGAGAAAAAUGUAGUUUGGUGCCCCUCUUUGCUGAACACUUUUGUCAGAAAAAGACAGUACUCUCUUACAUGCUCUUACCUAAAGUAACUUGAGCUGGCUGCUUACGACUAGGCUGAUUUUGCAACAAAACGGGAACGUCAGUUGACGACGGCGCACGCAAAUCAAAUAACUGGUUUGACGGUUUGACCAAUCGCAGAGCAACAAAUUGAGCACCGGAAGUAGUGUUUAGUCCUUUCCGCGCGCUUUCCGUCGUCAACUGACGUUCCGGUUCUGUUGCUAAAUCAGCCUAAUGGCAGUUUCCCAGACAGCCGUGAUACGAAACGGAUGUGCAAAAUAUUAAAAAUAUUGAUGAUGAUAAUCAUAAUCUUGAGGAGGAAACUAACAUGUUGUGCCAAUGAUUUUGUUUUGUUGAACCGUUUCUAGCUUGUUUAUAAUAUUUGUUAUUUGGCUGUUCAAGACGUACAAGUACUUCAACCAGGUUGGUUUUGUUUUUUAUGGCUGUAAAUUAAAAUUUAAGAAUUUACAGCUUUGUGCUAACUAAAUCAUAAUUCAAUAUUAAUACAUACCUCUAUCGAUGAAAAAAAUGAGGAUCGGUAACUUACAAUACAGACCAAGAAACCAAGGUUAAUAAGAUGUUUAGUAUAUGGCUUUCUGUUAGGGGAACCAAAACAAGUGCAGGACAAGCGAUUUGACGUCAGUCAUUUGACAAACGUCAGAAAAAUAACGCUUUUUGGGCUCACGAAAACAAUAACAUAUCACAAAGGCUUUCCACUGAAAGAGAAAGCAAGAUGCGAAUGCGCCAUGUUCAAAAGGUUUAUUCAGACAAAAUUAAGAGCACUGCAAGUUUUAACGCUGGAGUUUUUUGAAAAGUGGACACUGUGUCUGGUUCGAAGUCGCUCACAUUUUUCUUACUGCAAAUGGCAAAGAAUCUUGUCAAUACGAUCAGACCCAGGUCGAAGGAAUCGCUCUAUUUGCUUUCUUUUCUCGUCUUCUAAACUGACUUCUUAUCACUGACUUUAACUCCUCAUCUUCAGUAAGAUUUACGAUUAAGUUUCUUCAUCAACUUCGUUCUGAAAUAAACACAGACUAAAAUCCUGGAAGGAUGAAGUCAGCAUCCAAGUCUUGAGGGUUUAUAGCCUGAUAUCAUGCCCUCUCCCUGUUAUCCCUAUAUGUCUCUCACGGGAAGAGGGCGUUAUUUUUUUCCCUCUCGAGCCAAAGAAACAAAGAAGCAAAAAAGAAAAAAUAACGCCUGAUCUCAGGUUAGAGGGUUUACCGACAAAUGAUAACUUUCUUUAAAUUAUUUUUUCGCGUUAAAAAGAUGUAGAGCCGCAAAAUAAGCAUUUGCUUGAGCGAGUAAGGUUAGGAGGAGUUAACUGUAUUCUAUUGAAUGUUAAGAGCGGCAAUAAUAAUGAUUAUGAUGCCUUGCUGACGAUGAUGAUGACAACUCAAACAUUCUUAUAUUUCAGCGUUUGAUCUUAGCACUUAGUGUUGCAGCCCUUGGUGAAAGUAUCAGUAUCUUGAUGGUAAGUAACAGUAACAGAUGCUCGGUUUGUUACGUGGUGUUAAGAAACUUGCCAAACUCCUGCGCCAUCGGAAUUGAUAAAGAACUUUGGGCUUCGACGUGCAGAACCAAAACGUAUGGGAAAAGGGCUCAGUUCGCAUUGUUCGCCCCGAAGAUUUGGAAUACAUUUCCUUUAAUAUGCGACAUUCCGGCACGGUUUAUUAUUUACGAGGAGAUUAAAAACUUUUCUUUUUUUGAUAAAUUUAUGAAGAGUAAUUGUAAAGAAUAUUAGUUUUAAUUUGCUUUCUUAGUUUUGUGAAGCGCUUCGAACAUGUUGUGGAUGUGUGCGGUAUAUAGAGAUUUAAGGGUCGAAUAAAGGUUAAAGAGCAUUAAAAAAAAAUACAUGUGGCCAACCCACUCCACAGGGCAGCAUGAAAGUCACCAUUGCUGGGACGGCUAGAGGAUUUACUGAAAAUUUGUUUGGUACUCUAGCAGAUGGCCGCUUUAAUAGAGGUUCAAUUGUAAUGGUAGUUGUAGCUGGAGCGGCAGCAGCUAGCUGAAACCGUUGACCUUCGGCAUAUCUAAUUCGCGGAACCCACAGAACCUACGGAAUCCCCCUUUAAUGUACUAAAAGCAGAAAAUACGUAGCUGAAUAUUAUGGUUUAAAGCCCUCCCCAGGGUAUGUACAUGUAUCCGUAUAUCUCUCAUCUCUUUCGUUGUUUCAUACAAAAAUGGUCACCGGUUUUGAGAAAUGAUACUGAGUCGGCCAUAGACAGUAUUCCGAUAAAAAGUUUCCAAAAGAAAAGUGCACUCCGUUAACUGCAAGCAGCCUGUACUACAAUUCAGUUCGUCCUUAAUGACCACAUGGCUGAUAGCAGGCAAACUGUUAGAGACUGUAAACCAGAAAUCAAGUCAAGCGUUCCGCUCACUUUCUUCUUUCGGCUUUUCUGCAUUGUGGCCAGCCACCGACACUAAGGGCCUGUUUACAUGGAGGUGGGGGACCCCAGAUAGGUGAGGUAAUAGGGAGCUUAAGCAACAACGAAGGCGACGGCUACGAAAACGUCACUCUAAAAGUGAAGUCGCACCGCUUUUAACUUUAUCGCGCUUAUUCCAAAACGUGAAAACAAAACGUGAAAAUAGGCAUUUUCACGUCGUAGUAGUGCAGUGACGGCAAAGAAAUGUACAAAAAAGCGUGAUACACGUACAAAGUUGUUGUUUGCCAAUCUAAACCAAUUGCUUUUUUGCCGUUCUUGUUGACGUCGCCGUCGUCGUUGCUUAAGCUCCCUAAUAUGCGGCGGGUCAAACCACGUAUCAUGUAAACGUAAUCAAAUUAAAAUGAGAGGUUAUGUGGACAGGCGGGUUACCUACUAAGGCGGGUUAGGGACGGACCAUUAGAAAAGUUAUGGGGGGGGGGGAAUUUUCGAUCCGCAGGAAUUUUUUCGUUAUCAGAUUCCUUGUAUGAACUUUUUUUAGGCCAUAGCAUGAAUAUUUUUUAGGGUUAAAUGGCUUGCAAGAAUUCUUUUCAUUUAAUUUUCCUUUGCGCGAAUUUUUUUUUUUACUUCACCCCCCCCCCCCGAUAAGUUUUCUACUGGUCCGUCCCUUACCUCACUUACCUGGGGUCCCCCACCUCCAUGUAAACAGGCCUUAAGGUGAAUAAUUGUUUUAGUGUAAAAUAAAAUAGUGAGGUAAUUGAGCACAAAAAUAAUGAGUUUUAACACAUUUAGUGUUCAAGGCAACGAUUACAAUUUUGGCACGCAAUGACUGAACGGCCGUCGCGUUUUCUCGCCGACAAAUAACACGUUUUGAAGGCAUUUGUUUAACUCUUGCGGGGAAAUUUCUUCAAAAAGAGUUAUGAAUUCUUCUUGCAUUUAUCACCAUUCUGUAAAAAGUUAUUAAAUCAAAUUUUAAGCUUAUUUAUGAACAUGUCAGCUAAAUAGAGUAACGCAAGACUUUAUUUUCAUUUGUAAACCAAAAACGUUUUCACCGGUUUCGUCGAUAAAUUCAAGUAAAACAGACAAAGCUUAACCUGUUAAAACUUAGGCCAAACCGAAUUUCGUAACCUUCUUCAAGGAAUUUAGGGAACAGCUUGUUUAAUUAUUUUUGAAAUUUCUUUAGCUUUGUUUGUUAACGACAGAAGACCGGAAAGCCAUUCUGAUCGUAACCUACGCGAGUUUGCCGUCGCUCGUCCGGAGGAACUGGAGGUGAAUCAGUGAAUAGCACUGGAUAUUCGGACUUUGAGUAGCCAAUCAGAGCGCGCCCCGUUUUAGUAUAUGCUAAAUAGGAUUAUGUCAAGAUCACGGAAGAAAAAGACGGCUUAAAUUUCUAAUAGUGGUAAAAAGAAAUCUCAACCUCGUCCCCAGGGCGCUUUUCCCUGGCUUUGCGCCCUGGGGACGAGGUUGAAGAAAUCUCUGAAGUGCCUCGUGGAAACAUCUUUUAUGCAAAAAAUGAGAGCAGACUGAGCUUAGGACUCGUGCCUCCGAAACCUCUUUUCCGACUCUUGUGUGAUGGGGCAUAAACCGCGUGUUUACAUCGUUUCCAUGAUAAUUUUGCAGACUGGUGACUUACCUGUGGGUAGGCUAGUGCCCAUACUACCCUCGGUAUCAACAUUGAGAAUUUUUAUACUGUAUUAAGAAGAAGAAAUUCAUACCCUAGAAACAGUUUACGCAAUAUUCAGGUACAUGUAUGUACUUUUUUGUUUUUGCUUUAUUUGAGGUUCCGUGACCUGUGGGUUCCCUGGGGUCCAUGAAUUAGAAAUGCCGGUUAGCCUCUUUCUGAGGCAAGGUUUUACGCGAUGUCUAGGCGGUGGUUCCAGCUUUGGAGAUCACAUUCUGUUUAAUUUUGCAUAUUUCAAGCCUUCAUGGAGUUCCAAACUAAGAAACAGGAAAAAAAGUGACAACGAAGUACUAUUGGCCUAUUUCCGGUUUUUUCCCUUUCCGUUCUAGCAAAACAGUUCACUGUAGUCAUUAAAUGACUAAACAUGUAACUAAUUAUCACCUUAUUUUCAGACUGGCGUUCCCCAAGACAGAGGUCCUCUAUGUCAAACACAAGCUUGGCUUCUCACGUAUUUUGGUAACUGAAAUGUUAACUCUUGAAAUAUACACAAAAUCGCCUUUUUAAAGGACAUACUGUAUAACACAUGUACAGUCACUUAACGCAAUUAACAUUAGAGUUCGAUGUUUUUUUCGCAUUUAGUCCAGCAGAAUGAUGAAGCAUCAAAUUUGGCACAAUGAUAGUUUAUGACAUAGUGAAGAAUAUUAGAUAUAGACCACAUCGAGAUCCAUCCCAUAAUUCCAAAUACAGUAGAUUUCAUUUCUUACACCAGGAUUCCAAUAAAUGGCAAUGGAGAUAGCUAUAGAUAAUUCUAACAUGACUCCGAGGUUUUAGGGUCAAAAUUGCAAAUUUUCCACGACUCCAUUGCCUCACAAUUCCCAGAAGAGACUUGAGCCAAAGAGAUCAAACCAUGGAGACAAAUGGCCAGAAAGCUUCGGAGUCAUGUUAGAAUUUUCAUAUAUCGAAAGUGGGCUAUUCACACUAUAGAGCGUUUUCACUCACGUGGCCACCAUCUUUGCAAAUUUAUUAGAACAAAGAAUUUGAAAGGAUUUGUUUGCAACACCGACAUGGCCGCCGUUUCAUUGUUUUGGAGCACCAAUACAUCAGCCGUAACGUCAUGUGAAAAUGAUUUAUAUCAGCUUCAUAACAUUGAAAAAAAAAAUGCAAAACGUUCUUAGCAUAUAAGUUGUAUCUAAGUCAUCUAAGCGGUAGCUGUCAGGUUUUUUGCCCGUUUUAUUUAUUGUCCCUAGUGCUUGGAGUUUUGUUUUGGGUUUGCUGUAUUACUUUCAACAUCUGGAGAGCUACAAGAGGAGACCGAGCCAAGCGACUGGAGAGGUCAGUCAGUGACUCCUUCUUAAACGUAAGCAAAGGAAGCAUUUAUAAACCGAAUUUUUCUUUACAUUACCUUUUCAUAGGUACUAUCAUAUGAUCUCCUGGGGCGUUCCGCUAAUUUUCGCCAGUCUUCCAUUUAGUCAAGACGUUUACGGACCAGCAGGGCCCUGGUGGUGAGUGGAGGAAUAUUCCGACUUAAACUCUGAGAAAAGGUGUUUUCAAUUUGUACAGAACACCUGAUUCCGGAGGAGCAUGAAUAGUUAGAUGUAUUGCCGAGGAAUAUGAACUCGUAAAAUGGCAACAUUUCGUGAGGUCUGAUCCAUGGCUCAAAAUUUCCCAAAUUUUCUUCGAACUGGCUAGAGUAGACUUAUUGCGUCCGGAAAUAGAUUUUCUGAUCUCUUGGCAGUCAACAUCACUCUGUCAAGCCAAUCGAAUUGAAAGGAAUUAUCUAUUGUAUAUAGUUGAUUGCUUUCCUCCGGGUACUGAAUGACAACUACGUUUCUUGGUGUUUGUUUCGCUUUCAGACCCUGUCCACAUGAAUCCGGGUGGAGAGGGGGUGGGGGGGUUGGCUGAAAGUGUAUACUUGAGUGAAUAAAAUAAAACAGACCCGGUUUCAAUCAUGAUAGUCUACACGACUUCGCAAAUCCUUCGAAUCCAAAAAAAGAAACACUGUGGAGAGUGCUUUCAAAAACGUGUGGUUUGGGUCGGCGGAUUCGAUGCUUUCGUGUGAAGGGAAGGUAAAUUCGUGCAACCAAAAUGUGGAGCGAAUAUUUGGUAACCGCAUAUUUUUUUUAGCACAAACCGGCCUUUCGUUCACAUGAAACCAGUUACUGAUUGGCUCAUAGAAACAGCAUCUUUUAGUAACCGCUUUCCAGAUUAGAUUAAGACACCUCCAACACGAAUCCAAGCGUGAAUGUACGGUUUCAAAAAUGUCCAGAUUAGUGUGGACAGAGUUGGACAGGGACUUAGUCAUGAUUUUGCUUUUUAUCAAUGACAAUAUUUACCGACAAUAAACAAGCAAAUAAUCGAUAACAACUGUUAUGUUUUGCAUUUUUGUCCUUCCACUUCUCGUUGAUGUCUUGUUACAUUAAGCAAGUUCUCUAACAAAGUUUGUAGCAAUUUUGUUGCACCAUAAGUAAUGCGCAGCAAGUUGCACGACGAGAUGUUGGCAAACCACAUGAUGUAUCCAACGCUGGUGCAACGAAAAAGUUGCAAAAAAAAUGCUCGUUCAGGGGAUGGUACACUACAAGGCAAUUCCUCUUGCAACAUGAUAAAAACUGAAAACUUGAUACAGUACCUUAAUAAAUGUGCUUUCUCUUUAUAGUUGGAUUGCAGGCGAUGUUGAGAACAGCGCCAUUUGGAGGAUGGCAACGUAAGUUAAUAAUACGACUUUUAAAAGUGAAUUCAAUCACUUGCCAAUGGAGAUUUAUUUAAUUAUCUAUUUAUUUAUUUAUUCAUUUAUUUAUCUACCAUCAAGAAAAGGCAAAAAAAAGUUCCUGGUGGCAGGGCAGCCUAAGGAAAAAAACACUGGAUUUAUUGAUUAUACUCAGACUGCCCAUUUACGAAAGAUGGAAAAUAUAGACUGAGGUUAAUUAUAAGUCAAGCAACACGUACAGCAAAAUACUCGGUUUUUGGCUUAUCAGAAAGGUUACGGGUUUUAGUGAAAGUGUCAUUCAGUCACGUGAAGAAGGCUGGAUCAUAUGGAAAAUUUAUCAAACAGAUAAUCAGGUCAUCAGUAACAUUUCAGAAUUGGCAUCUAAGACAUUUGUGAUCUUCAGAUUUGUUUACGUUUCCCAGGUACUAUAUUCCUUUGUUCAUUUGCAUCAUUGGUCUUUUCACUGUCUGCAUGUUCAUUCUUAUCACACAUCGACGGCAGGUGAGUGUGAAAGUAUCUACAGUAAAAUUCUUUCGUGGCAUUAAGUUUAAAAAAAGAACAAUUCAAUCAUGAGAGAUCACGUACUGAGAAAGGGUAGAAUUAGGGAGAUAAUGAUAUGACAUCACUACCUCCGAUCAAACAAUCUGCUUUUUAGCGUCUACUGUAGUGUUGGGUGUUCAUGAUCAUCAGACACAGCAAGUGCUAUAUAUUUAUGGUUUAUUUUAAGUUUCUUUUGCAUUUCAGUAGGUACUGUUGUACUGUGAAUCUCGGACACCUCUUAACGUAAAUCCUCCAUUAAGCCCCCAGGGGGCUUAUUUAUUUCAAAUACACUUGAGGGCGAGCUUAGUAGAGACGCGGGGGGCUUAUCUAAGUUAGCAAAGACGAUAGAAUCAGUUUUCCGUAAAGAACUAUAAUAGAAAGAAGAAAGGCCCAAGUACAAGAAGUUGGAGGUCAUGCAGCCGUAGCCUACGUGUAGCCGCACCCUUCCCCCGACAAAGGAAAGGCGGAGAGAGGGAGCUCGUCUGCAGCCAAGGAUCAAAAACAACUCCGACCUUUUGGUAAUUAAACCAUCCCGGAUCAGUCCACAUGAAGUUUUACAGUCGUGAUUGGUUGAUACAGUCUUGACUAUCAUUUAUUUUCGUGAAGAAUAAUAAGGGGGAGGGGAGCGGAGGGGGGCCUCAAAGAGAAGGGGCUUAUUUACUUUCUUCCCCUAGAAAGGGAGCACUUAGUACAGAGAGGGGGCUUAUUUGAGAGAGACGGGGGGGGGGAAGGUCUUAAGAGAGGGUUUGCGGUAAGUAAUAAGGAUUCCGUAUAUAAACCAUUAAAUUGGCUCAACUUUGGCUUAGACUAUAGAAGCUCGCCUAUUUUAUAUUUAGGCACAACGCUGGCAGGGUGUCUACAGCGGAAAUAAUGCCACAGAACAUCAACAGAGACAGGUUUGUUCAGAGUUUGUGGGAUUGUUGUUGUUUUAACAGGGGGCGUAGCUACCUCUACUGCGCAUAUACGCAGUCGUACCACCUGCUUCCUCGAAAAAAUGUCCAAGAUUAAUAAAGAAAACAAAAAACAAAAUAAAUAUAUAACAGACGGAAAAUGAGUCAUGGCAAGAAUAGCCAGCCAGAUAGGCGUUAUUUUCUAGUGCCUUGUGUUUGACUAACUUCAUGUGGUAAAUUCCAUAUACCGAAACAGCACAUAGUAUGUUCACAGACAUUCCAAUCUGCGUGCUCCUUGAAAUGGAUGGGAGUGUGGUGUGACACAAUUUUAAAAGACCAUGUAGAGGUCUCAAGAGCAUUGGCCUAGCUUAGUCACCUUUUCUUAGGUCCACACUCCCUAGUUACUGUUAAUGCUCUUCUACUAUAGAAUUCUACAGUAUGUUGCACGUAACUGUUAGGAUCUUACAGGUAACUAAGGUGUUGUUAUUCUACUUUAGUUAUGGAUGAGAGAUGUUAAAUCAUUGAUGGCAUAUCCAGUUAUCUACUUUCUUCUGUCCCUUGCUCCUUUUAUCCACAGGUACGUUACGUCAAAUUGCGAAAUGAACAUAGUUUGCAGCGUAAUGGUGCCAAAUCGCGUAUUUUACCUUGACAGGGCCUAACUAGGAACAUCCCCAACCCGUUGGACUUUUACGUUUGUGGUUAAGAGCUGGAAAAGUUUUUAGGAUGGCUAGUUUUUAUUAAAAGGGAGCCCUUGUCAUUACUGUGACUAAUUUCACUGUUACGACUGAGGGCCUUAGUUUUUAAUCGGGACGGGGGGAUUUACAAUCAAUCAUUUAUUUUAACACGUUACGUCGAGAAGCUAAAAAACGUGUAUAAAUAAAAUCUAUAAUAAUUACAGAUAUACUAUGAUAUUAUUCCAUUUUAAAAACAGCUCAAGAAAUAUAUAAAAACUUAGCAAUAAAAACAUAAAAUAUAAAAAGCUAACUAUAUACUAAAAACGUUAAAGGAAAACAAUAAAGCUACAACCUUGCAAUUCACUUUUGAAGUCAUUUGCAUCACUUGAAAGACGUUCUUGAAAGGGCAAACUGUUCCAUAACGUAGAUAAAUAAGUGAAAGAACUCUUUUUAUAUUAAGAUUAAAAUUAGGUAAUUCCAAAUUCAAGCCCUCGCCUCUUAGCCCAUACUGUGUAUGCCUGUAUUGAAGGCUUCCAAUAUAAGUAGGUCCCGUACCACUUAAGCUUUUAUGGUAGUUUGCUUUGUCUGUGUCAGUCGGUUGCAUUUUUAGAGUCUCACUCUGCUAAACCAAGCUCGACUAAAAAGGCAUCCAGGCCAUGAAAACCAGCCAUUGAAUAGCCUGCGUUGCAGUCGGCCCACGCACUCGUCUAAACCAUUUGUAUAGUCCAUACACAGAAGGUUUAGAGCGUCGACGACGCAGGCAUGCAACCAUUGAACUACAAAAACGAUUAUGGAAAAACUCUAAAACAGAACAGAUUACUUGCCCAGCCCUUCUCUCUUUUAAAAAGCGUUGCUUUCCAAAUUUUAUCACUGACUUUCACAAUUCACCAAUGCCAUAAUUUUAAAAGUUAUAAAUUACAAAGCUGGAAAGUAGUUAAAAUAUUUCGCGACGAUGCGAAAUCGCAAAGAAAGACAACAACUAAGUUUCUAGAAAAACUUAACUAUGUUCCAACUGCCAACGAAACCAAUAGAACCAUUUCUCUGUCAAAAUUAAAUUCCUGAAUGAAAGGCAUAAGAGAUCUGAUCAAGUUCUCGUAAAAACUGGGCCUCUGCAAGUAGUAAACAAGCUGCACAAUUAAGCAAUAGACCACACUUUCUAUGGGUUUACCGGUGUCCGGUCGUUUUGCUAGCCCCUGUAAAGCGCCUUGAACAUAGGAUAAGAGCGCUAUAGAAAUAAAGUUAUUGUUAUUUAAGUCGUUUCGUUGCGUAAUGAAGUUGAUCCGCGGCAAAGUUAUAAAGUCCGCUUUCGCUGCAUCAUGAAGUUGAUUUGCUGCAAAAUACUGUUUUCGUUUCGUUGCAUACUAGAGUAAAUUUCCUUCAAAUAAAAGUCAAGUUUCUUCAUGCCUUGAUUUUAUGUGGAUGAUAUUUUCGUGGAAUCCUUCUUCCAAAAUCUUUUUUCUUGCCGUAGUUUCAGACUUCGGUCAGAAAAUGCACAGUGCGGGUACUAGAAACAAACCCAACGACUUUAACUUAAAUCAUGACCUAUAAACACUUUUUUAAAAAUAUUUUAUUGAAAGUAAAACACAAAGAAGAAAAAAAUUACACGGAAUAAAUAAAUAAAUAAAUAAAAAGAAAAACACUUAUCUAGUUAUAGAUAUUACUACCCAUCUACCCAUAACAACAAAAAUCGCUUGAACCAAAGGAAAAUCUGCCGAUAUCUCGGCGAAAACAAAUGGCCACCUAUAAAUGCUCCAAGGUUUGCUGGUGUUUAUUUGCUGGUGAUUAUUAACUCAAGGAAAUGGCAUUUAACUCGCUAGUAUUAUCCGUUUGUUUGACAUCAACGGAUGAUUCGAACCCAUGGCCUCUGUUAUAGUGCUGCAGUGCUCUACCAACUGAGCUAUGAAGACCCGUACAUUUGUACGUAAUUUAUUUAGUUUCUUCUUUUUUUGUAAAGCACUUGUAGAAUAACGGCGCGCAUAGCUUUAAAUAGGCUGAUCAUAUGUAGUGAUUGUAUAAUUGCAUUUGUGCUUAGGUGUUUAGUUGGUGUGUGCAUGUGUGAUAUGUGAUAAUUAUUGUAGUUAUUGUAAUUGUUGUACUUUGGAAUAGAUGAAAUAAAUAAAUAAAAAUGUGGGGUUUGUCACGCGUCCCUGCCCCACGAACGUCUGCUGAACCGAAAGAUAAAUUCGUUUCCCAUUGUUCACAAAUGUCAGCUGGAGAAGAAAGCACGUGGUAAUCCACUGCGCAUUCUAAAUCUUCCAUUCCAGCAUAGCCACAAUUCCUUGCGAAUCUACUGCGCAUCCUAAAUCUUCCAUUCGCACUUAACCACAAUUCCUUGCGUUUGGUAAGAAAAAGUGAUUGAAUGCCCCUAUAAUGCAAUUUUUUGCCCAUUAGAGAGUUGCCUCGUUCGCUCGCUUCAGGCAGCAAUGAGCAGAACCUGCUCAGUUGUUUUACAUCUGAAAAAAUCAAGACAUUCUGCUCUUGUAGGACAGGGACGAAAACGCAGGCCCAGUCUAGCGUCACAACACUUCUCUCUCAGAUUGACUCUGUAUUGACUCUCCCUCAGUUUGACCACUGCUAGUGACAAACAUCAUGGGUUUUGGGAGUGAGUAGGGAGGGUAUCUCGCUAAGCAGUUGUACCUCAUGAAAAAUAAAAACCGAUAUUUUUUCUCUCUUCCAGAGUUUACAACAUUUUUUCGUCUAAGCCAAACUUCACUCUCAUUCUUCUUCACGUUAUUUCUAUUCCAUUAACAGGUAAGUUAAAAUGCUACGGAUUUGCAGUUAAACGGUGAACAGUGUUCUCAGUAGAGGGGAAUGAUGGUAAGUUACAAUUAACUAUCUCAAGAGGAAGUUGGGACCAGCAGCAUGUCAGCGUCUUGGAGAGGUUUCUACCUUAUACAGAGUUAAGGAAUGGAAAAAAAUAGCAGUCUUGUUAACAAAGGUUGCCGUUGGAAGAGAGAGAGAGAGUUGAAAGAACCCGUAAAUACUUCGCUUCGGCAAUUUAGUUCACUUUGAAAUCGGCUCGACGUUCCGUGGAUGUUCACAUUAAGGUGAUGUUAAACGAGACGAUUCGCAACGACGAUUUUUAGCGCAACACAGCCUUGCAACAUUGUAGCGACAUUGUUUCGAGCAGUUGUAACAUUGUUCCAAUAUUGCGACGCUGUGUUGCGUUAAAAAUCGUCGUUACGAAUCGUCCCGUGUAACAUCACCUUUAGGGAGAUUAAGAGUCACGUUUACGGCAAACAGCAAACGUCAGAUUCAAGUUGAGAAUUUCCCAGAAUAGAAAAUAAGCAGAUAAAAUUCAAUUCUUAUUAUUCUUCUUAUGGAUAAAACUGGCUUCUUUGUAGAAGUAAUAAACAGUAAACUACAAUUAAGGGGGAAAACUAGUAGGUCACGUGGUACAAAUUCACGUUUGUCGUUUGGCGGAAACGUGAAUCUUAAUCUAUUGCUUUAUUUCGCCCUCAGAGGUAUUUGUAGACUUUUGCCGUACGUUGAAGAUAUUUUAUUGUUUUCUUUAAUUUAGGUCUAAUUAAUGCCUUUGCAUUUGGCUGGAACAAAGAAACACUGAGAAGACUUAACAGGGAUAAUUUUAAGGUAAAGCCGACCAUUGAAGCUCUUUCUUAUUAUUUUUUUCUUUUGACCAGCUUUUGUCAAGUCUCCACUCGAUCAACUCGGGUGUUUGAUAGGUAGGUGUACCUUCUCAGAGGAGAAACAUUCAUAUCACAGGCAUCAUCGCAACGACUUUAUCAUUUCUGUGCAGUAUGUGUGUGUUACUUAGACCAUCCGUUCACUGCAUGUUUUUGCAUGUCUUUUGUUUAGAUCCUCUAUAAAAAAUGAAAUCAGGAAAUUUCACGUCGUAGUCGUGUAGUCACGGCAACAAAGCGUGCGAGAAAGAGUGAUGCGCCUGCAGACUUAAUGUUUUGCAUAUUAAACCAAUCGUUAUUUUUUGGGCGUUCUCGUCAUUGCCCUGAUCUGAUCUCAUCAUCGCCCUGAUCGUCUUGUUUUCCCAUCUUAAAAGCUCUCCAUUAUCUCCAGUUCUGCACUGCUCAGCUGAGCCACCGCGCUGCUUAACUGUACGUCCCUUUUUCUACCGAUAUCAGUACGAUUGACGUCAAUAGCUGGUUAAUAAGAAUUGACUGAGGGUUUUAAGCCAGUCAGGAACGAAGAAAUAUUUUGAACAAGUUGGUUAUUUCGGACACGAUACAGAAUGAAAUGAUGAUAAUGAUAUUUAUAAAGAUUUAGCCAGGGCUAAAAGCGAAGCUCUCGUUACUAUACUUACAAUUUACUCACACAAAAAUAAAAUCGUGUACUUCUUAACGGCGACGGCAUUGAGAACGACAAAACAAAAACAACAAUACGUUCAAUUAGCAAAAAACAACUUUGAACAUGCAGCACACUUUUUUGUACAUUUCUUUGCCGUUGUUGCUGCACGACGGCAACGUGAAUCUUUCUAGUUACACCUUUUAUGGGGGAAAUGUUUUAUUGCUGCUUGUGUUCCUGUUCGCUUUCGUUUUCACUGCCGCUCAUUUUCACCUUAAUGGCCGCUAACAUUUCUCAUUUCCUCACCACCGCUAUAAAAUUUUCAUGUGUUUCUAGCGAAAUUCGUCUCCUUUGUUUUUGUCUCUCGCUCGAGCUUUUUCUCCGUUAUCUAUGUCGGCCUAGGCAUUAAAACUUAGUCGAAAAAGAGACUCCGCUGUGUUGUUGUUUUUUCUCGUCCUGGUGGCCAAAGUCUGUCAUCAAACACAGGUUGCGGUCUCCACUCAAAGUGAAAAAGGUCAUUUCACAUUGGUUAUCCUGUGGCGCGGACGUGACCACCAAAAUUUCUCGGAGCCUCGCUGAGUAGAACUCCGCUAGCAAUGAUAAUAGUUGUACUAAUAUUAUUGAUAAUAAUAAUAAUAAUAAUAAUAAUGAUAUUGAUAAGAAUAAUAAUUGUUGGUUUUCACAUGAUGUCACUAAAAUUCAAAAUUCAAAACUAUCUAAUAUCCUACUAAGAUGUUACUUUCAUGAUGUAUUAGAGGAGCUGAAAACUAAUUUUCCUUAACAUUUUCGCUUCGAAAGUGUUCUUGGUUUUGUGAUAGAGGACGCUUGAAUUUCUAAGCUUUUCGGUGACGCGGCAUUAACAUGACGGCCGAUAGAGCUGUCAUGUAGCAGGGGCACCCAACGACGAUUUCCUCCUGAAUGCAUUAAAAACACUUUUUAGGUUUUCCAGAGUACUUUCAGACCUCUAGAAAUACAUUCUAAGCGGCGCUGUAAAAUUUAUAUCUGCUCGGUCAUCCUAGUCUUUUCGAAAUUACAAGGGCCCUAGUAUUAUUUUUUCGAAAAUAUUCGAGUCAAUUUAACGUAUUACGAGUGUGAGAAUUUUUCUGAUUUCUCUCUUCAUCAUAUUUCAAUCCAAAAAUUUUAGGUUUCCCGUUUUCUACGAAAAAUAGCCUAACCUAUGGAGUGAAUUGUGAAAAAUUAAACUUAAAAUCGUAGGGAAUAUAAGCUUCGUAAAUUGUGCUUGAAUGGAACGGCCAUCUAGAAAUUUUUACCUGUCCUCAGUAAUAGAAAAUUCUAGGUAAUAUUUGCUUCUCCGAACAGAUAUUUUACAGAAAACAAUCGUUGGGUGCCCCCCAUGUAGGUUACCAAAGUGACUUCUUUCUUUGAAUUUUGUUAUCUGAACAGUUCAUGUGUAUAUUAUAACAACAACAACCCAGGCACUUGAUUAGGUUCAUUUACAGUGUAUAAUCUAUCAAUAUUCUUUGCUUAUAGGUGGCCUUGCAACAACAUUUCGCUUUUGGUAAUGCCAGAAUAGAGUUAUCAAUGGGAGAGCACAGACUUGGAGAACCCACGGAGGGAGUGCAACUCGAUACAAACGCCCUUCCUUUGAAAUACCAUAAUCCCGGAAUGGACAACGACAUUUAGCAAAUUUGGGUCUCGAGCUGGACUGCUGUUUUACCUUCUUUGAGCAUAAAAAUUAUUCUUUGAUAACAAUAAAUUACAAAUUCGGGAGACCUGAGGCAUCAGCAGGGUACGCUGUUAGGAAUCCGUUGGUCGUUUUUUGUUAGAAGCUGUUAGGAUUUCUCUGUACAAUUAGCAAUGUUGUAGACUACGUCAUAUCAGCACAUGACGUCAACAUGUAGGCGUUUUAACUGCCCCAGCGCAAGUUGCAUGCAUUCUACUCAGGUAUAAACUGCAAACAUUUCAGUUACGUGCUCCUAGAAUUCCUAGAGGUGCCAAUGGACCUUUUUACCGAUACGGCGGCCAUAUUGAGUUAAUUCAAUUUAAGGAGUAUUAUAGGAUGCCCAGGGGGCAUGAACACAUUUCGUUUGUAUUUUCGAGCUCUUUUCGGG